CUUUUUCCUUCGACAAAUUUCCACCAGCAAAAUAUCACCGCUGCCACACAGCCGGAGAAUUCGGCUAGCUGGGCUCCUCGGGAUGUGACGCGCAAGGCGAUGAAGUGGCCUCUUUUUAUUUCAUCUGUGUGAAGACUUGGCGCGUACCUUUUUUUCGGUUUCUUCCCCGCGUUGCUGCCUAGGUAACCAGAGAGUUUGCAAAACUCUGUAUACCAUGUGAAGCCACCACUAUUUUUGACUUCCAAAGCUGUUUUGUUGUUUUACCAACUAUUCCUUAAACGAUAACCAGGCUCAUACCCCUGCUGGCGCGUCAAAAGCUGAUAACCAAGUUUGGCCAUCCCAUUUUCUCGAGGUAUCACAGCCAAUAUGGAGUGGUUUGGAGAGAGGGUUAGGACCCCGUACCAAUCGUCGGUCCACGAAAAGACAUCCACCACCGCCUAUCACGAGGAACAAACGGAAUCUGACCACACGAGAGAGUAUGCAUCUUCGCAUGCCCAGCCGUCACCAGACACUACACACAGACACAGGCGAUAUAGGCCACGGACAUGUCGCAUUUGCCUGGAUACCGUGGAGCCAAAGUAUCCUGCCAACUCGUCCAAGUCGAGCAAGCCGAUAUACGUGUCUGACGACCCCGAGCUGGGAAGGCUGUUGUCUCCUUGCAAGUGCAAGGGAUCGCAAAAGUAUGUUCACGAGGGAUGCCUUAAUUCUUGGCGACUUUCAAAUCCGACAGUCAAGAGAAACUACUGGCAAUGCCCGACGUGCAAAUUCUCCUACCGGCUGGUCCGCCUUCAUUGGGCCUCGAUGCUAAGCAGCAAAUGGGCUCAAGCUGGCCUGACAUUGUUUAUCCUUGUGGCAAGCAUCUUCUUUUUGGGGUUCAUGGCCGACCCGAUCCUCAACCUCUGGGUCGAUCCUUUCGGUACUGUCAGUGAUGCCGUUACAAGCGUCGUCACAGACAUUGAAGCCAUCAAGGAGCCCGACUGGGAACCGCCGACGACCUGGGGCGAGCACUUUCUCAAGGGAUUCUUCUCUCUCGGGCUCGUUGGCAUCUUCAAAUCCAUGAUUGCACUGUCACCGUGGCAUUGGUGGAACCUGCGCAGCUUGACGGGAACCAGCAGACGCCAAGGGGGAAGGGCCAGAGUGGAAAACAUUAGCCUCGUGUUUGUGAUUAUCGGAGCCUUUACUGCCCUUAUGGGAAUAUGGAAAGGAGUCAAGAAGCUGAGUGAGCGCGUGCUGAAGAAUGUGAGUGAGAGAGUCUUGGACGUCGGCGGAGACGACGGUGAUGUUGAUGACGAUGAGGAUAUCCCGAACGGGAACAAGGAUUUAUGAUGACAUUCUUUGCUCUCCUCUCACGGCAAUCUUGUACAUUAUGUUGUUUUUCGUGUUGUUGCCCAUCUGCACACUCUUAAGUUGCCUCGAACUCGCUCUUCCGUGUCAAGUCAACUAGUCUGCGUGCAAAUAGCGACGCUCCACCAGCGCCUUGAGCAGAGGCCGUCUUGGUCCUUUGCUCGCUGGCCUGGUGUGAGUUGCCGGUGCGAUUUGCGCGCGUUGAAGAUGCCCGUUUGGGUUUUUGGAGACGUCGCCAUUCCUCUGAGCAUCUGUUCCGUACGCCUUCAUCUAGUACACCACCCUUGAGCAGCAUCAUUGGAACAGCCGGCACAACCACAAUACAUAAUAUGAUCGAUUUUGAUCUCAUUUUCCUCUUCUUGAAUUUAAUAAUUACUAAACGGAUUCAUCACCCC